AUGUCAUCAAUCAUCACUUCCAUCAAGGACCUUGUCGCCUCGGUACUUGAAGUGAUAGUCUCCGUGUUUCACAACGCCUUCGAUGUGACCUCUGGGCUGCUCAUAGCUAUUGUCAACUCUUUCAUCGGCACCCUCAGGAUGGCGCUGCGUGCUGUAGGAAAUAUAUUUGAAGCUGCAGGUGGCUUAGGCAAGUUUAUUGCUAGUAAUAUUAUUGUCAUUGCAAUCAUCGCCGGCGGUGCAUAUGGAUAUCUGCGAUACCAAAGUCGACAAGGACGCCCUAUUAAGGUUGGAGACAAGAAGUUGAAUUAG